AUGGAUGAUAAAAGAGAACAAAAUAUCCCUGCACAGACAUCAACUUCGUCAAAUACCGACUCAAAUGCACCAAAGGUAAGCGUAUCCAAUACAUCGCUAAACUCUGGCACAACUCUUAAUAACAGUGUUAACAACAACAACAACAACAAUAAGAACAACAGUGCAAACAACACUACCCAAAACACAGCCUCCAAUGACUCGACCAAUCUACUUAAUAACGACAGGAUAAAAGCAAUCUUAAACAGCGAUUCAGCACUUGAUGUACUUCUGGAACGCUUGAAGCAAAGUUUAUCGUCAGCUGAAGAGUUUAGUAAAUUCAUUAAAAAGAAAGCCCAAAUAGAAGAUGAUCACUAUACUCAAUUGAAGAAGUUUGCCGGUCAUAUUAGAACUAGUAUGAAGAAUAAUAGCAAGAAUUUGAAAAACGACUCGCUACAACAUCAAAUGGAUAAGAUUAUUGGAUUUGACGAAAGUUUAUCUGGAGUUGGGUCGAGUUAUGUGACUGCGUUGAAUACGAUGUAUGACGAAUUGACCUCUUUGAUACACACCAUAACCAGAUCGAGAAAGACAAUCAAGGAUGAAUACAGACGAAAAGAUAAGGAGUGCAUGGAUGCCAUUUCUGCAGCUGACAAAGCCAAGACGAGAUACAAUCACUUGUGCGAAGAUUUAGAAAGACUCAAGAGUUCAGACCCUUCUAAAAAGUCAUUUAGUUUGAAAAACAAAACAGUUGAACAACAAGAGGAUGAUUUGCAACGGAAAGUCGACCUUGCUGACCAAGAGUACAAAUCCAAAGUUGCCACAUGCAAGAAACUCAAAGAUGAAAUAUUGGUCUUGCAUCGUCCCAAUAAUGCCAAAAAAUUGAAGAAUUUGAUUUUGGAGAUGGACAUUGCUUUGAAUGUACAACUUCAAAAGUAUGCCACAUACAACGAAACUUUGAUUAUGAACUCGGGUGUUUUAAUCAGUCCUUUACAAGCUACAAAAUCCUCAAUGAAAGCAAUGGCCAGCUCCAUAGACAAUGAACGAGACUUGUACAAGUACUUGUUGGCAAAUGGCUCUAAUACUAGCAACAAGUCACUUGUACCCAUUGAUUACCAUGUACACCCAUCACUAGUGAAGACCAAAGAUAUUGGUAAACCAUUCUUGACCAAUAAUGAUCGAAAUGUUUCCAAUAGUGCCAGCAACAUAAAAGCUGCCGUGUCAGGCAACCAAUGGAACAACGACAAAUCAAACACAAACGCAAACAUCAAUGACAAAAGCAACAUUAGCCAUGCCAAUAGUAACAAUCACAGUGGAUACAGUGUGGGAACCAACAACAAAUCAAGUACUGAAUCCGCCACCAACUCAGCUCCAUAUGCUGGAGUUUACGCCGCGCCAAAACCAAUCAGCGGCAGCACCCCAUUGAACUCAUCCACAUCCGAUUCACAAGCGGGCAACCCACCCCUGGGCUAUUCUUCAUUGGACCCCGGUAGCCAACCAUCCACACCAAACCUCAAUGGACCAAAGCCAUUCAACUCGACGCCUUCAUUUAAGCAACCUACAUUUGGAGUCUCAAUUGAGGAUGUCAUUCAAUUUGCUGGUGUUGACAAUGUGCCACUAGUUGUACGUAGGUGCAUUGAUGUGAUUGAAUCCUAUGGAAUUGAUCUUGUUGGUAUAUACAGAACAAGUUCCAAUGUCAAUCAAGUGCAGAAACUACGCGAAUCGAUUGAUUCCAAUUUCACCAACUAUUUACUCAUUGGUAAAGAUAUCGAUGAAUCAAAUAUCAUUGACUCGGAUGUGUUUUGUGUUGCUUCUUUACUCAAGUAUUAUUUUGCCAAUUUGCCUGAACCGUUAGUGACUUCCGCUGCAUCUCAAUCAUUUAUCGACACGGUGAAGUUGAACGAUGAGCAUUUGAUUCACAAGAAGCUACACCAUUUGGUGUUUAGUCUACCCGAUGGCGCUUAUUUCACAUUGAGAGCUUUAAUUUUCCAUUUGAACAAAAUUGCUGCUAAUGAAGCCAGGAAUAGAAUGAAUACCAAGUCUUUGUCCAUCAUUUGGGGACCGGUGAUUUUUAACAAUAAUUCAACAAGUGCUCAGGAUUUGAGUUUCAAGAGUAAAGUUGUCGAAGAGUUGAUGACUAUCGCCACCGAUAUUUUUGAAGUUGAUGAAGAGUAG